AUGAGGACCAGACCAACAGCCGUGUUCAUGGCCUUUGGCACCAAAGGCGACGUAUUUCCCAUCGCUGCUAUAGCUGCUGCGUUUGCUUCUGAUCAGCAUCAGUAUGACGUUGCAUUCAUAACCCAUUCAGCACAUGAGAACCUGGGAGUGCAGUUGGGAGCAAAGAGAGUUGCAUAUUUUCCAGUUUCAUCACCACCAGUUCUAUCUCCUUAUCAAGAUAGUGAUACUGCAGGCUCCACAAAGGUCUCCUUUUCUAUGCAGAAGGAGGAAAUCACUAGAAAACAAAGAAAGGAAUGUGUUUCAAUCGUUGAAAGGAUAUUUGGAGAGAGCCCAAGCUUGGAGGGUGAUGUUAUCAUUAUAAAUUUCUUUGCUCUGGAAGGUUGGAGUCUUGCUGAACUGUUUCGUGUCCGCUGUGUUGCUGCUGCUCCUUAUGUUGUUCCUUACAGUGCCCCCUCCUCUUUUGAAUGUCAAUUCAGGAAAGAAUUUCCUCUUCUGUAUAAAUAUCUUAAAGAAGCUCCAGCAGAUAUGGUUGGCUGGGAAGAUGUUCUCCACUGGAUGUGGCCACUUUUUACAGAUGAUUGGGGAUUGUGGAGAAGUCUUGAUCUGAAGCUGAGCGCCUGUCCUUUCACGGAUCCUGUAACUGGCCUUCCGACUUGGCAUGAGAGGCCUUCAUCUCCACUGCUAUUGUAUGGAUUUAGCAAAGAAAUUGUUGAGUGCCCUGGUUACUGGCCAUCAAGAGUUCGGGUUUGUGGCUUUUGGUUUCUUCCUGCUGAAUGGCAGUUCUCUUGCUUCAGUUGUGCAGAUGCUUCAUAUUUAAUUUCUUCAGAGAAGUUGAACGUCCAAGCCAAGUUGUGUUCGGCUCACAGCAAGUUACAACAUUUUUUGGAUUGUUCCCCUGAGAAACCUGUUUUCAUAAGUCUGAGUUCAGUUGGUAGCAUGGGGUUUUUAAGGAACCCUAAAGCAUUUCUUCGGGUCCUUGGAGAUGUGUUAGAUAUUACAAGUCGCAGCUUUAUUUUGUUCUCAGCUGGUUAUGAACCUUUAGAUGUCACCAUCAAAAUGUUUGCUGGAAAAGCACCAUCAGCUUCAGAACAAGUGCAAUCCAGUAAAGAUGAAACACUCUUAUUCGAUGACCGGCUCCUUUGCUUUUCUGGUAAUAUACCAUACAGUUGGCUGUUUCCAAGAUGUACUGCUGCUAUCCAUCAUGGGGGAAGUGGGUCCACUGCUGCUGCUCUGCGAGCAGGAAUUCCUCAGGUAAUCUGUCCAUUUAUGCUGGACCAGUUUUAUUGGGCAGAGAGAAUGUUUUGGCUCGGUGUUGCACCAGAGCCACUAAACAGUAACCAAUUGCUCCCAGAUAGAGAUGAUGACUGCUACGUCAAAGAAGCUGCAUAUAUGCUAGCGAAGGUCUUAAACUCUGCAUUGUCUUCUCAAGUGAAAUUGCGCGCUUCAGAGAUCGCUGAAAGAAUUUCCACUGAGGACGGAGUUUCAGAAGCUGUACGGAUAAUUAAGGAAGAGAUAACCCGUACUGAUGAGAAGCAAGGCCAUAUGGUUGAAUUUGCCGGCGACUGGGACCAAGUGUGUGUCGGAGGAAAUCCAGAAUAA